AUGGAAGCUAUCAAUGCAUCGGACGAGAAGACUAUGGAGUUCUCAAAGGAUUUAGACCUUGAGGCCAACACACGAUUAGAAUACGACCCAUGGCUUCUCGACGACCAUCCCCUACGAUCGUACCCGACAGAGUGCAUCCCAGGCCUGUCACUUUACCUCGACGAAUACUACGAGUCCAUUGGAAAGCGAAGGGCGCUUCUUUUUCGCGCGGGAUGCCUUAUCCUCGGAUGCCUAGCCGCAUUCCAAUGUCUCCGAUGGCUCCCAAUCCAUAUCACACGCACGGGCCCACACCACGCGCACCUUCACCCCCAGAGUGGCGCGUGUACAUUUCCGACGCUAGACACGCGACCACAGGCCCUCGAGUCGUCGUUCAACGAGGGAUGCGAUGGCCUCCGAACGGCGGUCUGGAUGCACAACGGGGAGCUGCAGAUUGGAGACGCCGGUGUGGAGACUGAGCACGAGCACGUCCUGCAGAGACUCGGUCUCGACCCUCUUAUGGAGAAAGUUGCUGAGAACGAUGCCACCGCCCGGGCAUCCGUUGAUCCUGGGAUGUCAGGCAGCUUUCAUCCUGGUCGGGCUCGGACUUUCUUUUUGGUGCUUGAGGCUAGGACCUCGCUUGACGAAUUGUACCCGCGUCUCGUUGAGCAACUCGAUACUCUCCGGCAGAGGGGGUAUUUGUCCCAUUGGGAUGGGCAGAAUGUUGUUCCGCGCCAUUUGACUGUGGUGGUUACGGGGGAGGCAUUCUCUGGGAGUGACUGUGUGCAUCAUUCUUAUUCUGACGUGUUCUGGUCUUUACCGGGACCGUUUAUGAUUACUAAGGAUGGCCUCCAUCUCUCGCCGAGUAAAUACCUCACGGCUCUAAAUGAAGCAUAA